GUCAGACCCAGGCUGUGUUUGCUUUGUAAGAUGUUGAUUCGCGUUUGUGCUGUGACGACGUUGACGCCUAGGGAAGGGCUCAGGUCAGGAAAGCGAUCUAGGAAGUAUUCGACUCGUUUUUGUAUGUGUUGAAAUAUGAACAACCGACUGGAGAACGUGAAGGUGUUUUGCCGGGUGCGGCCGCGACUUCAGCACGAAUUGGAUUGGGCGCCUUCCGACGGCACUGCCGCGGCGCUGGAUUCGAAUAGAAGCUCGCAGAAACGGACUUCUGUUUCGGCACAGGUACAAAUACAAUCAGAUAACUGGUUUCAAAUCACCAAUAACAACACCACGGUCGAGGUACCGCACACAGCGCGGCUUGCUGCGGAGCCCGCGACAUGGUGGGAUCCGGCCCAUGGCGCGAACAGAGACCAACUCCCGAGCGAUGUGAGCAACUCGAACACACCCGCAGGUGUAACGACGACGACGAGCAGUGUUCUGGCUUCUAGCAAUUCGAUUGCUCCUUCGUCCUCGGCGACGUCCAACAAGUAUGCCUUUCGGUAUAAUGGAGUCCUUAUGCCACAGAAAAAGAUAGGCUCAGGGAGGGGCAGGGCAUAUUUGUAAAUGCAGAAAUAAAUAAAGUAAACAGCAUUCUAGCUACACGAUCGAUCGCCUAUGACGUAUUUCAAUUCCUAUUUGUCUUGCUUUCUUGAUUGCGCAUCCUCGCCUACAGCCAGUGAGUGUCCGCUGCCUGGCCGGCAGCGAAGCCAUGCGCGACAAAGCUAACAGCCGGCACACAGACUUACGGGCAGAAGGCUCCUGCUCUCAGAAAGAGCUGAGCCUGAGGAAAAGCGAAGGACGAAAGAGAAAAGAGAGAACAGGACUACAACAUAGAUUACGCAGAGAGCACUCGCGCCAGACUGGGAUGAGUUUUUUGCGCGCUACCUUCAGAGCGACCUGGCCAGCCGCGUCUAAAUCGAUAGGCACUCGAGCGCAAUGCUUUGCAAUAAGUGAGUCGCGCCGUCUCCGGGGGGCCGCCCCUGGUCUCACUGUAGAAAACUAAGCAGGAAAAGGAUCCCACCACGCGCCGCAUUCAGAGGGUUGGAAGGCGCUUCGUCUUGGUCAGCUCGCCAGGACGUAGCGCCCAUCCUGUGGAGCUUCGUUCAACGCGAAGAGGUUCGGGAGCAUUUCUUGGCGAGAGCCUUUCGGUGGUCUCGUUAAGGCUCGAGGCUCCUCGAGGGGGCUGCUGCGCAGUCAGUAGGGGUCAGAGGUCAAAGCGUAAGUACUGUGAGCCGUUUUUGUGAUAGAUUUGUCGGCUCUUGACCUCUAGGCCAAAGAAUAGAGCUACCAAGUCCCGCCUCCUGCUGUACGUGUGCUGGUAGUUGCGCCUGGUUCGUAGGAACCUCCGAAACAAGCCCGCCCCAGAAUGAAGCGCGGCCCAGCAAUAACAACAACAAGAAACGGGGUAUCAGGGCAGGCUGUUCCUGGCGCGCGUCGAAGGAGGGAGUAGUGUCGAGCCCAGCGCGAGAUCAUCACUAUCACUGUGGUCAUUCUGCGUUAUCCUGCCUGCUUUCUUCCCCUCGAUACUCCUGGGUCCUGAGGCGGGUCAGGACGACGUGUGGUCCAUGCUGAACAUGGAUCACAUCCUGUCCCAGCUCCUGGAGGGGUACCACGGUACUAUUAUCGCCUACGGCCAAACGGGAUCCGGCAAGACCCACUCCAUCGAGGGCGUACAGUACAGCGACGCCGGCCAAGAACGAGUGGAGCCGGUUUUCCUGGAGCACACGCCCAAGGAAAAUUAUGGUCUCAUCCCACGAAUCGCGCACGCCAUCUUUGCAAAAAUCACAGAUGCAGGCCAUGAAAAUACGCUGCAGCGCCGGCCCAAUCAUGAAAUGAAAAACAAGAAGCCGGAAAUGAAGAGCGAAGUGGACGCAGAAGGAGAUGAAGCAGCACUGCUUGCCUGUGAAGAGGAAGACGGCGAAACUGGUACUAGCAGUGACGAUGCAGGACCGCUGGACGCAGGGACAGACGCUGAGAAGCUUGGGAGAGACGCAAAAGUUAAUAGCUCGUGCAUAUUAUGUCGGCCUCCGCUAUGGGUGUGUAAGGUUUGAAAUAAUUGACAAAUAAGAAUAAGUUGCUUUAUAGCGAAUGCAUAAGAUAAAGAUUAUCGACGCCAGUCGACGGCGUCGGAGUCCCAGUUUCUAGUUGGUGCCUGAAAAAAUUUUUCAGCGCCGAAAUCCAGUUUAUCGCGUUGUUUGGGCAGGGACGACCUCUUUCGUGACAAAACAUAUAUAAAUCCAGUUACGAUAGGGCUUCUAAAGUAGCACGACGACGUCGUGCUACUUUAGAAGCCCUAUCUCCAAGCAACCGCAAACAGGCUACUUGCAAUGAUCUUCUUCACUUACCUGCUCUCUAAUGCUUGCAGGCACUCUGCGCCUUAUAUUUUUCGGAUUAGAACAUGGGGCUGCGUUCCCGGUUUCGGUCGGUUUAGCUUCACGAGUUAUAAAUAUAUUACAUCUACUAAGAACUUUGUCCUUGUCGAUUAUUUCAAGCCUGACGCUUCCAUAGCAGCUAGAACGCGCUCAAUUUGAACAAUACGGAGCCCGCUUAUGCCUGUGCAAGUGCAUGAUAGAGUGCACAGGCGUGUUGAUCCUCUGCGCGCUGCAGCUUGGCGUGACAGGUUUUGAUGUACGGAUUUCUUCGAUGCUUUUUGACCUUCUCCUUCGGUAUUUUCAUAGAUAUAUCCGUGGGUCCGUGUAAUCCCAGACCGCCAUCCGAAAGAGCAAGAGAGACGCGAGUCAUUCGCUUUGUCCAUCGCAGACUGUUCGAGGCGGAGUGAUUGUAUUAUCCGAGGCUUUCAUAAUGCAAGACCGACGAGCAGCCUGGUGAGCCUGACGCUAGCAGCAACGUGGAGCGGAAUUUUGAGGUUCGAUGCAGCUUUUUGCAGAUUUACAACGAGAAAAUCUAUGACCUGUUGAGUUCAGAAGUCGCGGAAACCUACAUCGGUUGCGAUGACGACCGUGGAGGUCCUCGUAGAAAGAGAAGAACAUGCGCCGAAGCCGAUGAUGAAGCCAACGAGCACGAGGAACAAGAUGAAGAGAGAGCACAUCUUUCAGAUGCGGGCUCUGUAUACGACGAAGAGAGCGAGUUCGACGACCACGGCGCAGACUGCGAGACGAGCGACGCCGAGAAAGAUGCGAACGGAGACGUUUCAUCUUCUGCAUUAAUGAAAAGCGCACCUCCUCGCAAAAAGAGCAAGCUGCCGGAUGAUAUGGAGAAAACUAGAACUACAUCAAUUUGUGCGGGCAACAAGAGCGCCGGUACCGGAUCUGCAGAAGCAAGUAUGGCCGCGCCAUCACGGAAGCCCUACGCAGGCCGGAGCAGUAUAUCGCUUGCGAAAAUCUCGGGCCGUCGAGGCCGAGGACGGCAUCUCCGGCUUCGACAUCAAAGAGGCGAGUUCUUUGCAGAGGAUUUACUGGAAUGCAACUGCAAGUGCCCCCAAGAGUUGCUCAGGUAUUUCCAGGCGGGGAUCCGAGCGCGCGUCAUCGCACAGACAAUCAUGAACCAGUGUUCCAGCCGGAGUCAUGCAAUUUUUGAAAUCACUGUGGAAAGUAAAAAGCUCGGGAGCAGAGCAAAGCUGCAGCUGGUAGCAGACCCCCAGGAGUGUGUUUCUGUUCUUUUCAUUUUGAUCAAGUAAAGAUAGCUUUUGAUUCAAAUAUGCUUGAUGUCGAUGUCACGGUGUAAUAAAUUUGAUUCACAAUUGUCACGUCCUUUCUCCAAAAAAUGGAAAUCGAAAUACGAUCUGUACGAGUAGAAGCUAGGCGGGCCGCACCCGAUCAUAUCAAUCAUUCGCAUGUAGGUGGACCUUGCCGGGUCUGAGCGUCCUUUCGCUCGCGCUAAUUCAACUGGAGUAACCGGCGACACUGGUGCGGUGACUUGUACUAGCAGCUCCGCGAUAUCGUCUGCGACCAGCACACCUCGCGGAGAGCGUUUGCAGGAAACGGUGCAAAUCAACACGUCCCUUUUCAUCCUGCGGAAAGUCAUCACCGCACUAGCUUCUGGGUCCAGGAACAAGCACAUCCCUUUUCGAGAGAGUAAAGAAUGACAAAUAUUUUUAUAUAUUAUAGCAUCAGUCAACCACAUCCAUAUCACAUCGACAGUUCCUGUUCCAACUUGGCAGUUACGAUAAGGAUAAGCAUAUCGAUGUCAUCGUUUUUCCGAGUGGAGUUGUUGCACAUUGUCACUUUCGCACAAUGAUUGAAGAGUGCAGUUUUAGUUGUGGUAGCACGGACAUACUCGAUGAAACUCCAAAAUGAUAGGUAAGCUGACAUGUCUGCUGCAACACGCAAUCAUCCAGGGGAAUUCCAACACGAUAAUGCUUGCCUGUAUUUCGCCGGCUCAGGAAUAUUUGCAAGAAUCGCUGAGCACGCUCCAUUACGCCUCAUUGUGCUCGCGAUUGAAGACAUACCCCUGCCGCAACGUGGACCCGAACCUACUGAUGAUUGACAGCUUGAAAAAGUUGCUGCUAAAGGCACACAACUACAUACGUGAAAAAGAGGACGGAAAACUGCCGCCCGCGCUGCUCGAGCUGUCCCCGGAUGACGAAGACCAGCGGGAGGGUUUCGGGGAACAAAACCAAGAGCUGGCAGCAACACUCACGGGCCUCCAACUGCAGCCGCUGGCAGCAUCAUCUGGAGGAGUCGCUAUCUCUACUUCAUCGGCGUUUGCUGGGCCGCAUAGCUCGUCGACGCAUAGCUCGUCGACGUAUCUGGACAUGUACACUACUAGUCAACAGAAGGGCAGCAUGCAAUCCCGUGCCACGGCGGGAUUGAACUAUGGUACUACUGGGAGCGGACAUAAAACAGCAGAAAAGCUCCUGCGUAAUCGGUUUGCUGGAGCCUAUUACACCGAUACCGGCGUGGGUGGAGGGGGCGCGAUAGGUUAUCUGCGUCCUGGUGAAGAGUUGGGCUUCAUGGAGGCUCUUGCUCCUGAGCAGAACUCGCACAACCUAGCCCCAUCGGCUUCUAAAAGCGGUCAUUCCUCUCGUUACUAUCAAUUUCCGGGAGGCCGCGAAAACUCCGGACUCGGAUUGGGAGCAAGCACGGUUCAGGCAUAUGGAUGCCCAGCUUCUUGUUCUUCCUCUGCAAAAAGGACUACGGAUGCUCCAGGUGGAAACAACCUAGACCACGAUAACUGCAACAGAAGUAUAAAUAUGACUUUCGUAGCAAGUGUUUAAUAGUUCUCGCAGGCUUCUUGUUGUAGGCUUGUGCAAAUAAAGCAGAUAUUGAUAGACGGCUGAUGUAGAAGUAGAAGUGACUUGCCAAACACGACCGCUACACAGGAUACACGAAUAUUGAAUCCGAAGUGUAUUAUAAUGGCAAAAAGUCGAAUCAGGAGCGUCCCUGACCGCCGGAUUUUCGGCUUAGAAGGCUCGCUGCGAAAAAAAAAUGCCAUAUACUUACUUCGUUAUAUUAUGUGCCGAUGCCGGAGCCGGACAGCAAAAGAAAUAACUUACGUACGCUUUCGCUUUCAGGUGGUGUCAGUGUGCGACGGCUGGCCCGGUGGUUUCAUGCGCAAGACGAUCUUUUCUAUGGCAUUAAAAAGCCCGACGUUUCAAAACCAUCAGCAGAUCUCCUCGAAAACGCGGUACGUAAGCAUCUGGCUUCUUCCUCCAGAAGUGCUCAUCAAGCGAGAGUAACUGAAAGCGACGAAUUGAAGCACGACGAGGACGCCAGCGGCGAGACCGCGACUGCAACAUCGCACAGCAGCACGACGAGGAAGAACCGGUCGAGUCUACUCUCAGGAACUGAAGAGGAAAUGUUACGCAGGACGGCCGACCAAGAUCAAGAACAAGAUAGCGGAGGACAGGAAAAAUCCAGUCACGAAAAUCCAAAUCUAGCAAGCCCAAGUUCCGAUGUGCUGCGCAAUAAACGUGGUGGCCUCUCAUUUCCGAUAGUUAUGUCGCCCGUGUUUGAGGGCGAGAACGAGGACGCAGAGAGUGUUCUCGAAGCAGAUCCUCCGAGGACCGCUUUUUCGACGAGCUUUGAUCGUCCCCGCACACCCACCAGCACUCGAAUGACCACACCUCCGAUAUCGGCGGCCACGGUGAGCUCUGCAAGCUCGUUGCGAGCCAGCAGACAUUUAACGCAACGUGCGAACAGCUGCCGCCGUGGCGGGAAGAUCAUGGUUGCUGCAGACGUCGACCUUCAACAAGAAGUCUCACCCAAGCUGGCCGCAGGGGUUGUGGAUAUCAAUAGUAGCAAGGGCGGCCCCUCGUCCUCCUCCUCGUGGUCAGGCGGAGCGACCUCGACUAGAGACCCGAGGCCAAUAGACGGUAUACGGAAGGUCGAAGCUGCCCGUCCCUCCGAACAAGAAGAGGACACAGCUUUCCGUAGAAGUCUAUCUACGAUGCGCAGGACGACAAUGCCGACCACGAACUCUUCCAGAGCGGCUUCGAAAGAGAAGACUGUGCCAGGAAUACUCGGAGUUGCGGUUUUACCAGAAUUAUGCUCCACCAAUGCCAAUGCGAGAGCGAGUACGAUUACGAGUGCUAGAAGAACAGAUGCUACGACCCCUGCUGGAGCGCGCCCAAGUAGACCUUCAGGAAGCAAAACUGCAUUAGCAUCCAUCUCAAGGCGGCGGAAAACGAAAACUUCCGCAGGCGAUCCAGAAGCUAGCUGUAGUGCUGCUAGUACUGAUGACACCGCGAACAAUCAGAAUCAACGCAAUCGGCAUCGAAGUGACAUUCCAAGUUCCAUGGGUAGUGGCAGGCCCACGUCAGCCUCUGCAACUCGGAGCACCGUCUUACGACCUUCUCAAAUGUUCAAGGUCGAGUUGCUUUCCCAACGUGUUGCUCCUUUUUUGCAUGUUUGGGAUGCAACAUCCUUUUUGUUCUCGCGGAUCGUGCUUCCGAGUAGAUAUUAGCUCGAGCAGGUCACGAACCCAAUAAAAAGAGCCGAACGACGACCAAAUUUGUUAGUCAGUGUUGAGGCUUCGCAGCACAGUAGCUAUUCACUGUAUCUGAGUCGGCUGGUGCAAAGCGCUGCUUUAUCUCCUGGGCACUUCUAGACAAAACUGGCGGAAGUGCAGCCGGAAGGUCGAGUUAUGUGAUACAUCUGCACGGAAAAGAAAGGCAUACCGAGGUGAGCCAGGGUAGCUGAUGCCGUCAUUGUCAUUCACGGCCAAAAGAAAAAUAAAAAUAAUUAAAAUACUUUUGAGCUGCUUCACGUUAAGCACCCCUGAGAAGGCCAUACGUCUCCGACUUUCUCGACGGAUUUUUGGCAGCCGACGACGACGACGAAUUUUUGAACACGCGCUUGGACCAGUACCUCGCCGAUACGCGACUGAGCACGGACAAUCAAGCCAUUCAGGCCAAGUCCUUCCUCGAAGACGACGUGGACCCCGCGCACGCGUUGAGCCUGCAGCGCGAGAUUUUUGCAGGCGGCGAUGUAGUUUUCGGAGGCGAGGUGAUGUGCGAGCCUGCAGCGCCGUUAUGGAUGGAGCAGGAGCAAGGAGAAGGAUGUCGUUCUUUCGACGUAGCAGGAUUAAAAGAUAUUGAUACUCCUCCUUGUUUGGUCACUACCUUUAAGGGUUUUGACGCUCGGCAUUUACCCGAAGUGGAAGACGCAUUCGCUAGCAUCAAUGUCGCUCAAAAGAAGUACAGCGCGAUCAUGAGAUCGAAUCUCGCGAACGGCGCCCUUCGCGGUUCGCGGACGCAAGGAGGUAAGGAAUUUCAGGACGACCAGGACGAGCACCCGAAAUUUUUGAAUUCCGGCCCUGUCUCGAUUGACCGGUCUUGUGACGUUCAGCACCACCAGCAGCAGCUCCUGCAGACGACGGUAAACACAUCGCGGAACACAACAAGAAACCAAUACCUCGCUGCCCCUGCGGCCAACGACGGUGGUGGAAAAAAUGCAAACGGAACGUCGACCGGAGCACAGGCAUAUCCUGUAGUGUGUUCUCCUACGGCCGCGCAUGCGUACGGUCAGAGCUGCAGCCCGGAACGAGCGGAGAACCUUCGUCUCGAAAAUGAGCGCCUCUCCGAGCAGGUGAAGGAGCUGCAAGAGUUAUAUUGUGUAAAAGCGUAUGAUUAUGCACCCAAGAGUUGUCACGCAGAUCUAGCAUAA